CAUUCACUGUCCCUAAGUUUGCAGUGAAUUUAUUUUUAUAUCUGAACAUUCCAAAGCGUAUGAUAGUUUCCGAUCGAAUUCUAUAUUCAAAUCCAUAAAAUGUCUACAUAGUAUAUAACACGAUGUUAGUAUCUUUCACGGAGUAGUACUAACACAAAACAUAUUUCUCUGUCACUAAACGUAAACAAGAGAUGUUGGGCGGACGGAAGUAUCAUCAAAGGCCGUUGAAAACCGAGGGGGGAUUAAUACCAGAUCGUUAAUAUGUACUCUCAUAAGGAUUGUCUGGUUCUCUCACAAACACGAUUAAUUCGUUAUAUAUGAUUGUCAAAGGCAAUUAUGAACUAUAAUCAACACUACAUCGUAUUGAUGAAAUAUCUAUAUGCAGUUGUUCCAAUAUUUUCAUCUAAAAUUUUAGAGACAUCACCAUAUGCAGUUUCUGUACAGUCGCAGCAGACAUCAACUAAUGGUUCUUUUUCUGCCAAUCUUGGUUGUGAUGGCGACAUGGAGACCUUCUCUCUAACCAAUGAUGGAGUUAAUCAGUCCUGGUCCCUUGAACUGGACAAUAUUUAUACGAUUGAUUGGAUCUUUCUCUCCAUUGGUGCUGGUACCUACAGCAUUUAUGUAGAACUAAUUGGGAGUCCACCAGUGAGGUGUACGGAUAUUAGACAAUCUGAACAAAUGAAACCUACACUGUUUCAGCAACUGAUAACAUGUGAAUAUCCUAUCGUUGCCUACCGGAAAGGAAAUAGAAUUAGCUUAACUCGAACAGGAAAUGGACCAAUCAAAGUGUUUGAAUUAAAACCAAUAGGACUUUCUGGUAUCAAUCAAUCAGUGCUGCUGAACUUUACGGAAUAUUCGAUGAAAUUUUCAAAAGCUUUAGAUAACGACAUGGACACUUUUUACCAUUCACCAGAGAAGAUCCAUGCGUCUUGGUUCCUGAAAUUGAACAGAAACUAUGUGAUUAAGUGGAUUCUUAUUUCGACAUGGGGAGGAAAUUAUGAAGUACAUAUUAAAGAAGAUGGCGCAAUAACGAGUUCGUCAACAAUGUGUCAGAAUUUCAGUCUCCAUGGAAUAAAACAACAAAACAUAGCCUUGGAAUGUUACAAAGAAAUGAAGGGGGAUACUAUUCUAAUAAAAAGAACCGAUGACGGACCAUUGAGGCUCUUUGAAGCGUAUCCUAUAAUAUGUUCUUCAGAUCGCUAUGGACCAAACUGCGCUAAAUGCAGAACAGAGUGUAUUUCUUGUAGUCCUAUAACAGGUGUCUGUAACCAAUGUCAUGGAGCGUUCUAUGGUCACUUCUGUCUGAACCAAUGUCCGACAAACUGUCUCAACGCAAAGUUUGACCAGACAUCAGGGACGUGUGAGGACUUUUUAGAGGGUUACUAUGGAAAGUGUUGCACUGAUGAAAUCACUACAGCGUCAACAAUUAAAGGUACAGAAGCUAAAGUGUUCACGCGAAAAAUCAACAAUGACGAGAUCAGCACUAACUGUGAUGAGGACACCACCAUUACUGACAAAAUGGUUGUCGAACAAGAUACGGAGAGAGUGGUAUAUAACCUGACUGUCAUAUUGCUGACUGUUCUCGUGGUGUUAAUUCUGGUAUUGAUCCUAACUGUGGUUGUCCUCUUCAACAAAAGCAAGAAAACAGGAAAAGACAAACCAGAAAAAGAAAAUGGCCUCCUCGUGGAAUUCCAUAGAGUGGAGUCACGAAAUGAGUCGGAGCUGGAGGAGAUUCCUCAGGACGAGUCUAUCUUCGUAGAGGAGGAAAUCGUUACCGUAGAGUACAGUAAUUUGAUGUCGCAAAGAAUUUCUAUUGAUCAAUUCAUCAGAGAAUUACCAGAGAAAAAGGACAACGAAGUACUAGCGAAAGAAUUCAAUGAUCUUCCCACUGGACUACUAGAAUCUUAUUCGAAUGCCCUGAGGGCAUCCAACAGAACGAGAAACCGAUACAGAGGCAUUUAUCCAUAUGACUAUAAUCGUGUGAAGUUGAUGAGAGAAGAUUUAAAUGACAGCGAUGACUUUGUCAAUGCAUCCUACAUUAAUGGUCUCAACAAGGAACGAAGCUACAUCGCUGCGCAAGGUCCUUUCACCCCCAAGACGUUGGAGGAUUUCUGGACCGUGAUCUGGCAGAACGACUCAACACGGAUCGUUAUGCUGACUAAUCUUUACGAGGGAGACAGAAUGAAGUGCCUGAAGUACUGGCCGGACACGCUGCUGGACAUUGGUCCUUACGUCAUCACACUGGACACUGUGGACGUGUAUGAUCACUAUAUCCUGCGAUAUAUGACUGUUAAACAUCAGGAUGAAGAGAAGAGGGUAACACAGUUCCACUUCACCACUUGGCCGGACAACUCCGUCCCAGAUGAUAUUAUGUCACUCAUAUGCUUCCGUAACCUAGUAAGAAAUGGACUGAUGAUUUUAGAUGGGCCAGUGGUCGUCCAUUGCAGCGCCGGGGUUGGUAGAACGGGGACGUUUAUCUCCCUUGAUUAUCUCCUGGAAGAGAGCGUUACGGAGCAGACCAUUGAUGUCAGGGGAUAUGUUGCUUCUCUAAGACAGCAGCGGGUAGGAUCUGUACAAACAUGUGAGCAGUACAUCUUUCUCCAUGAUGCACUGGUUGAAGGACUUACAAACAUGAACGUUCGCCAUAGCUGUCUAUCUGUGUUGUAAUGCUGUUUUGUCGGGCUGCGCUGUCUGUUCUAAUAUUAUGGAUUUUCAAACUGUACAUGCGUUUCUGCGGAAAUAAUGUUUUCAUUUCUGCGUGAUUAAUGUAAAUUUUAAAAUAUUUCAUAUUUCUAAAAUUAAUAGGAUACGUAUUUAAUUCGGGAUUGAACAUACUGUUAAUAUUAGCCUUAGAAUUGCAUUGUCUCUAGAAAUAAAUUGAGCGUAUUAGCAUAAAAAAAUUGAUAAACAUUAGAAUAAUUGUCAAAUUGUACUAUAUUGAUAUUGUUUGAGGUUCAAUUUAUUUCAUAUCUUACUGUAUAUCUAUAUAUUCAUUCCUGAAAUACAGCAAGGAUGACUUUGUGCAGUGUUUUGUUGCUUCAAGACUACUCUGGAUAUUCCCACAACUAGUGAUAUAUUCAAUUCACAAUUAACUCUUCGUGCUGAAGAGACAUCUUUGAUGCUUGUGUCAAGUUCUUAUCUUGAGUUUAUGUAUGAAACGAGUUUUAAAAAAAUGUUAUUCUCUUGCAACUGUUUUCUACACGGCAUUUUGAUUGGCUUUUGCACUGAGGUUCGAGGUAGUUAAACGUACAUGAACAAGACGGAAAGCUUUGUAUUGUGAUUGAUGGCAUACUACAAUGAUGACAUAGUAUAAUGACGCAAAAACGAAAUCAUUUCGUGACGUUUUUCAUAAAAUAAAAAAAGCAAAUCUCAACGAAAUAAGACGUAAACAUGAAGAAAUUUUCAAAUUGUAUUAAAUAAG